UAACAAGGUUCCAUCAGUACAGUAGCUUAUUCGCAUGACAGUGUCAUAUUUCUGUUUACAAUGGAAAGGGAAAAUAAUUUUAAUGUGACGAAAAUGAAACAUUUUGCAAAACUCCACGAGAAAAUCCAAAACAAAUACAAUGAAAUGCAAAGGAAACUCGAGAAAUCUAAAUCAGUAGAGUCAUUGACGACAGACGAUUACAAUUCGUUUAAAGACAAUAUGAAGUGUUCAAGUACUAACGAUUUAACUGACGAUGUCUUCAUUGAUAAUCAUAAUAAAAAUUAUCCUUUAAUGCACACAGUAAUAGUGGAAGAUAUUAAUAAAAUUGAAAUAAGUAUUACCGAUGUUCACUCGAAAGCAGCGAGCGUUUCAGAGUCGGCGGAGACUAGUCUCAAUGCGGAUAGUUCUGUCAAUGGAAAAAGUCAGGGCGUCCAGGAUCCCGAAACUGAUAAUGCAAAUAAAAAUGUUGAAAAUGUCGACAUGGUCGAUGAAUUCUUGAACGAGUGGAUAUUUAACAAUGACAUGUUAAAUGAAAUCGAUGAGGACAAUAGGGCUCCGUCAGUCUCGGCGAGUCCAAGGCCUUCUCUAAGAUCUAAAAUCGGCUCCCGCAUGUCAGCUGUGCGGGAGAGACGGCGCGAGUCUAAGGAGAAGAGAUUGUUGGAAAAAAAGUCGUCGCUCCAAAUCUCCAAAUCAGAUAAGUUACUUUUGAGUUCUGCUUCAAAAUCCGAUGUUAGACUAAAAGAAAGGAGAACAAAAUUCGCAACAGUCACAAUUGCGCUAAUCGAAGUAUCCGGAUUGAACGUCGACCCGGCAGAUGAAAGGCUAAACUUGCAAUGUCGUUUCAGGUUGGGUGUAGAAAAACACAAAUCAAAGCUUAUCAAAAAUGUAGUUACCCCUAUUGUGAAGUGGCAAGAACUUUUUAACAUGAAUAUGUAUGACGACAACCUACUUGAAAUAUCGCUUAUGGCUAUGGAUAAAAGAGACGGAACUAUUGGCAAAACCACAGUCGAUCUAUCUAUAUUAGAACAGGAAAAAACUCAUGUCAUGAGAUUGCCUCUAGAAGGUUCCAUGGACAACGCCGAAGUAUUUUAUCUACUCACCAUCAGUGGAACUCCAUACGACGGCCUGCUUGUAGACCUUGAUAAUUAUCAAGAAUAUCAAAUGAGAUUGCAAUCAGAAGACGAAGAAUUCAGUUGGUUCCAACUAGAAGACUUCGGUAAAGUUGGUCGUUUGUCCGUCAUCGUCUACGGCGCCAAAGGCUUAGCGUUACCUGACUGUUACUGUAGUUUAAAGUUGGUCAACCAAAGAAGGCAAACGCACACCGAAUACAGAACAAAUGAUCCAAACUGGAUGAAAACUUUUACAUUUGAUGUAACGGAUAUAACUUCAAAAUUGGAAGUAUUUGUUCGAGAUGAAAGGAAAGAUGAAGAAGUUGGUCGAAUAGUAGUUCCGUUACUUCGCAUAAGAAAUGAUGCCAAAGUUUGGUACAUACUCAAGGACGAAACAUUGCGAGAAAGGGCCAGAGGACAAAAUCCUGCAAUACAACUAGAAAUGAGAAUCUCUUGGAACAUAAUUAAAGCUUCUUUGAGAAUUAUAAGACCAAAAGAAAUCGAUUAUCUCGAAACAAGUGAAAAAUUUGACAGGAAACUCUUUUUUAAAAACAUUGCUAGAGCAAAAGGUGUGUCGAUUUGGAUACUGGACUUUAUAAAUUCACUUAGGUCCUGCUUCGAAUGGGAAUCCAGAUAUUGGAACACUUUUUGGCUUAUAUUUUGGCUAUUGUUUAAUUGGUACUUUAGACCUUGGAUGGUGCCACUGCUUUUAAUAAUACCGUUCAUAUGGUACAGACCACCUAAAUACUUUCUUGUUAAUUGGAAAUCUUACAUAAUGCGUAGGAUGCGUAAUAGAGAACAAUCAAUAGAUUUAGACAAGAUAUAUAGAAAAACGCUUUGGCAAAAAAUAAAUAACUUGCAAGACUUGAUCUACACCGCACAAAUAUUUUUGGGCAAAUUCGCAUCUUUUGGGGAAAGUGUUAAAAACUUAUUCAACUUCUCUGAUCCAUAUGUAAGCUUAUUGGCCAUAUUUUUUUUACUCUCAAUAUCUACAAUUAUAUGCUUAAUUCCUGUCAAAUACUUAUUUAUGGGAUGGGGUAUAAAAAAGUAUGUGAGGAAAAUGAUUUGGCCAAAUAGAGUGCCACACAGCGAAGUAAUGGAUUUGAUCUCACGAGUACCCAACGAUGAGGACUUGAUCGAUUAUGAAUUGCUUCCAACGGAAUCGGCAAUGAAAUCACAGUUCCUAGGAAAAGACAAAGACGAAGAAGAGGUGUUUCAAGAUUUAAUAGUUUGUGAAGAAGAUACAGAAAAUAUGCAAAACAUAGAAGGCAUUUAGAUGCUUUAUAAUGUAUUACUGUACUACGUAAUUUGUUGAAAAAAUAAUAAAUAAUGCCGUCCUAACAAUAGUGUUUGAAUCUAAUUCAAUCGCAAUCGAAUCUUCGCAAGAUCAUUGUAUGUAUGUACCCUAUAUAGUCUAUUCUAUAGUCUAUUCUAAGUACCCUAUAUAUUUUAACUAGACCGAAACAUACUACAUACAUUAAACAUUCCACAUAAGAAAUUGUUAUAACAAUACGAUAUAACUUUUGAACUAUUUACUUAUUGUGUGAUUAGGGAUCCCUAGAGGUUUCUGCAUAGAAUACCUAGUGUAUAGUAUUACGAGUAUAUGUGUUCGCGUGGAACAUUGAUGAAUGGCAUAUUAAUACACAGCGGACGAUUCACGAGUGUUCAGGGCGACAGGGAGCCAUUUAUCUUCGAGGGAAGACCACGUUUAGUUUUUUUAGCAAACGUUUAGUUUGAUGAAUGAUAUGACGUUUCUCGUUCAGAUUUUGAUGGGGUCAGGUGAUGGUGAAAAUUGAAACCUUUUAGUCCGUCUAUCUAGAAUCAUUUUUCUCAAAAAUUUCAAUUUCAUAAGAGAAACCCAUCGGGACUUUGAAAUUGGCAGGAAGCAAGGUGACAAAAAGCCUGACACAUAAAGGAAAAAUUCCGAAAUGCGAUUUUUCUUACAUCGCAGAAAAAAACAUGACGAACUUAUAUUUCUAAUAAAGCGCACAAAUUUAUGUUUGCUUUUAUUAGUAGAAGAGGUAACUAUCGAAUAGAUAA